UACGACAAAUUCUUAAAAUUACUAUUUAUGUUAUAACUGAUUUUCAUUAGCUAGGUUUUGUAAAGUCUAUGCUUUAAAAUAGUUAUCGUACUUGUAAUAUUUUUUAGAAUUUGAUAGUUGAGAUAAAGCUUAUCAGUUAUCAGUAAAAACAUUGCCGGCUCGCUAAGUGCAGACGUGUUCGGUGUUUUGUGUAAAUUACAUCUAAAUAAUUAAAAAUAUAUCAAUAUGUCCGGCGAGGGCUCAAGCUUAAAUGGAAACAGGAAGGUGGCGUUAAUCACUGGUAUAACUGGGCAGGAUGGAUCCUACCUCGCAGAGUUCUUGAUAGAGAAGGGUUAUGAAGUUCAUGGAAUACUAAGACGGUCAUCCUCUUUUAAUACAGGUCGUAUUCAGCAUUUAUAUGGACAGCCAGCAUGCCAUACUGGAGGGCAAAUGCAUUUACACUAUGGAGAUCUCACUGACACCACCUGCCUUAUUAGUAUUAUUACAAAGAUAAGACCCAAAGAAAUAUACAACCUAGGAGCACAGUCGCACGUCAAAGUGUCUUUUGAACUCAGCGAGUACACUGCACAAGUUGACGCGUUAGGAACUCUACGGCUUUUGGAAGCAGUCAGAACUGCUGGCUUGGAGAAGGAGACUAAGAUAUACCAGGCUUCCACUUCCGAGCUCUACGGAAAGGUUGUCGAGGUUCCGCAGACUGAAAAAACGCCCUUCUACCCUCGUUCGCCGUAUGCAUGCGCGAAGCUCUACGGCUACUGGAUAGUUAUAAACUACAGGGAAGCCUACGGUAUGUUCGCAUGCAACGGUCUGCUCUUCAACCACGAGAGUCCACGCCGAGGUGAGAACUUCGUGACGAGGAAGAUCACCAGGGGUGUGGCCAAAAUACAGCUGGGGCUCAUGAAGACCCUGGAGCUGGGUAACUUGGACAGUAAAAGGGACUGGGGACACGCCAAAGAUUACGUUGAGGCUAUGUGGCUUAUGCUACAACAAGAUGAGCCAGAAGACUUCGUAGUGGCGACCGGGGAGUCGCACAGCGUCAGGGAGUUUGUGCAGAAAGCCUUCGCCUACGUGGGCAGGCAGGUGGUGUGGAAAGGUGAGGGGGUCAACGAGACAGGCCACGACGCUAGCACGGAUGAGCUACUCGUCACUGUCAACUCCAAGUACUUCCGGCCUACUGAAGUGGACUUACUCCUUGGCGAUCCAUCGAAAGCGAAGCAGAAGCUAGGCUGGAUUCCGCGCGUGACCUUCGACCAACUCGUUAAAGACAUGGUCGAAGCAGAUCUUGAGCUCAUGAAGAAAAACCCUCAAGCUUAGUGACAUAUCUAGUGAGAUUUAUAUGAUUUUAAUAUGCUACAUCAACACACAAUGACGAAAGCGGCCGCCGCUUUCGAUUUUGGACGAAAGCUUUUAUUUUUGUAUUCAACGUAUUAAGCCUCGUAUUUAUUAGUAUACAUUUUGUAAAGAUUAUUACUUAUUACUGAGCUAGGGUUAUGCCCGUUUUCGCUAACAACGGACAAGGCAAUGUCUAAUCAAAGAAGAUUUCUAGGCAUACAUUUACCUUUCACCAAUCCAAUUUCAUUAGGCAACUCAAAUAACCUAACUUGUCUAUGGUUCUUGUCACAAGGCGUGCUAUU